CAGGAAUCAGGGUUGUCAUGGUGACAGGGGAUCAUCCAAUCACAGCGAGGGCCAUAGCAGCCAAUGUUGGCAUCAUUUCAGAAGGCAGUGAGACCGUGGAGGACAUCGCCAUCCGGAAACGUAUCCCUGUGGAACAAGUGAACAAGAGUGAUGCCCGUGCGUGUGUGAUCAACGGAGGCCAACUAAAGGACAUGAGCAGCGAGGACCUGGACGAGGCGCUGCGUAGCCACCCUGAGAUGGUGUUCGCCAGGACCUCCCCGCAGCAGAAACUUAUCAUCGUGGAGAGCUGUCAACGACUGGGCUCCAUCGUCGCGGUGACGGGGGACGGAGUGAACGAUUCCCCCGCCCUGAAGAAGGCCGACAUCGGCAUUGCCAUGGGGAUUGCUGGGUCGGACGCCGCCAAGAAUGCUGCCGACAUGAUCCUGUUGGACGACAACUUUGCCUCCAUCGUCACCGGAGUGGAGCAGGGCCGCCUCAUUUUUGACAACCUGAAGAAGUCCAUCGCCUACACACUGACCAAGAACAUCCCAGAGCUCACGCCCUAUCUGAUCUACAUCACCGUCAGCGUGCCACUUCCUCUGGGCUGCAUCACCAUCCUGUUCAUCGAGCUUGCCACCGACAUCUACCCUUCAGUCUCGCUGGCCUAUGAGAAGGCAGAGAGUGACAUCAUGAACCUGAAGCCCAGGAACCCUCGGCGGGACAGGCUGGUGAACGAGGCUCUGGCCGCCUACUCCUAUUUCCAGAUCGGUGCUAUUCAGUCCUUUGCAGGCUUCACAGACUACUUUUCUGCCAUGGCCCAGGAGGGCUGGUACCCACUGAUGUGUGUGGGCCUCCGUGCUCAUUGGGAGAAUGUUCACCUGCAAGACAUGCAGGACAGCUAUGGACAGGAAUGGACGUUUGGUCAGAGGCUGUACCAGCAGUACACGUGCUACACCGUGUUCUUCGUCAGCAUAGAAAUCUGCCAGAUCUCCGACGUGCUCAUCAGGAAGACCCGCCGUCUCUCCGUCUUCCAGCAGGGGUUCUUCAGGAACAAAGUCCUGGUCUCUGCCAUCGUCUUCCAGCUGUUACUGGGUAACCUUCUAUGUUACUGUCCAGGAAUGCCCAACAUCUUCAACUUCAUGCCCAUCAGGGUCCAAUGGUGGUUCGUCCCAGUUCCCUAUGGAAUACUCAUCUUUGUGUAUGACGAGAUCAGAAAGUUAGGUGUCCGGAGAAAUCCAGGAAGUUGGUGGGAUAAAGAGUUAUACUACUGAGAUGGAAGCUGUUCAACUCAUCAUUCCUCUAAACCAAAUGUAUCUUCCCAAGCAUCCAAUAAUGUUUUGCCUCUUAUCCAAACCCUUCUUUAAAAUGUGUGUUAACGACAAACUAUAUCAACUUGCAUACAUUCCCAAGUCUCUCUUGGAAUGGUACUUGUAAUGAGAACUAAGAUCCCUGGAAUUCAUACUCAAUGUGUUCCAUGUGUGCUAUUAAAUCAAUGUUUUUAACAACUUUUUCUCGUCAUUUAUUGAGCUCAUGCAUGAAAGACCUUUCUUUAACUUUCAAUACACUGUCCUUCCCUGACAUUUAUUAUGAUGAUAAAUACUGCUUACAAAAGACUGAGGCACUAUGACUUCAUACUAACUAUUUAGGAGCAGAUGUGAAAAUCAUGAAUGAAUUACUUAAUUUUCAUUUCAAAAAGUACAUUUGUAAUAGUUGACAAUCAUCCUCCUCCGUUUCCUUUGGUCUUUCUCUUUGCUGGAUGUGAUUUAAAGCACAAAGAAAAGGUCUCUGCUUUUUUUCAUGAAUCCCUUUUCUGCUUUUCAAGGUAUUUUACUUCAACGCCUCACUGAAGUAAAUGAUCAGCCAAAGAUCAUCAAGUAUCCAAUCCUAAAAAUAAAUCAAGC